AUGACGCACAUCAUCAUCUGUCUUCUCUUUUUAGUGUGUGAGCUGAACCACAGUGUCACCAGUGUGUUCCCAGAGAGUAGUCUGCUCAUCAUGCUGGGCUUUAUUUUGGGAGGAAUCGUCUGGGGAGCAGACAAGGCGCAGACUUUCAAACUGAUCCCCACCAACUUCUUCUACUACUUGCUUCCCCAGAUCAUCUUGGAUGCAAGUUACUGCAUGCCAAACAAACUAUUCUUCAGCAACCUGGGUGCCAUUCUUAUCCAUGCCAUUAUUGGAACAUGCUGGAAUGCGGGCACAGUGGGCAUUGCACUAUGGGCCUGCUAUGAAGGGGGUGCAAUGGGGAACUUGAACAUCGGCCCUCUGCAGUUCCUGUUGUUUGGUGCUCUGAUAUCUGCCGUGGACCCUGUGGCAGUGAUUGCCGUGUUUGAGGAAGUGCAUGUGAAUGAAGUGCUAUACAUCCUGGUAUUUGGAGAGUCCCUGCUCAAUGAUGGAGUCACAGUGGUGCUUUAUAAUGUGUUUGAUGCAUUCGUGUCUCUGGGAGGCCCGAAAAUCAACGCCGCAGAGAUUAUCAAAGGAAUAGUUUCGUUCUUUGUUGUGGCGUUUGGAGGCUCCUUUCUUGGUGUUGUGUUUGCCAUUCUGAUAUCCAUGCUGACCAGGAUCACCAAGAACGUCCAGGUCAUCGAAGCCGGCUUCAUCAUUGUGCUUGGCUACUUGUCUUAUCUGACGGCUGAGAUGCUCUCACUCUCUGCGAUACUUUCGAUCACUUUCUGUGGUGUCUGCUGUCAGAAGUACAUCAAUGCCAACAUGGAUGAAAAAUCUGUCACAACGUUACGUUACACUCUGAAGGUGAUGGCCAACGGCUCAGAGACCAUGAUCUUCGUCUUCCUGGGAGUUUCAGCCAUUGAUAAAAACAUCUGGGUUUGGAACACUGGCUUCAUCCUUCUCACUAUCUUCUUUGUCGUUAUAUUCAGGUUCAUUGGUGUUUUCUUCCUCAACUGGAUCUUGAAUCAGUCUCGUCUGAUUCCUAUCGACAUCACAGACCAGUUUGUAAUGGCCUACGGUGGCCUGCGAGGAGCAGUGGCGUAUGGACUCGCGGCCCUUUUAGAUGAGAAGAAGAUCCCAGAGAAGAAUCUGAUGCUUGGUACCACACUCAUUGUGGUGUAUUUCACUGUCAUUCUUCAGGGGAUCACCAUGAAACCACUGGUUCAAUGGCUGAAGGUUAAAAAGGCAACUCAUUCGGAUCUGACUCUUAAUGGAAAAAUGAACAACAGGGCUUUUGAACACAUACUGACAGCAAUGGAGGACAUCUGUGGCCGAAUGGGAGACAACUGGUGGACCAGACAUUGGAACUAUUUUGAAGACAAGUAUGUCUGCUGGCUACUACUGAAAAGCGAUGCCAGAAAGCACAAAGACCCAAUCUUUGGGGCCUUCCACAAACUCAAUCUGGAGGAUGCCACUAAAUAUGUAACUGAGGGUGAACGCAAAGGUUCUCUGGAUUUUAUUCGUAAUUAUGACAGUGCCUCUGUAGACUUCAAGAAGAAGCUUGCUUUAGAGUAUGGAGACAUCACGCCUUAUAUCACUGGCAUUGACAAUGUUCCAGUGACCUCUGUUAUGAAGAACCCAAUUCCAUCUGUAUCCCUCGAUAUCCAUGAGCAAGACAGGAAGAGCUUGCCUGAUAAGCUCAGUGCCCAUCAUCUAUUAGAUCAGCAUCUGUACAAGAGCAGAAGAGAUAACCGUCCCACUUACAGCCGCAGUCACUAUAACACCUCAGAGAAUCCAGAUGAAAUGCAGGAGAUCUUCCAAAGAACCAUGAGAAGCCGCCUUGAGUCCUUCAAAUCGGCUAAGAUGGGUGUCAACCCUGCCAAGAAACUCUCCAAACAUCCCAAGAAGGAUUCAACACAUAAGCCUAAUGGAAAGCCAGCAGACCCACACAGAACCCAUCCAUAUGGAGAUGAAGAUUUUGAGUUUUCUGCUGACAGCGCCUCUAGCAGUGAAAUUGCUGGUCAUUUCCACAGGAGAAGCACAAACACACCUGGUGCUGGUGUUGAUAAUCCAGCGUUCAUACCUGAGAUGGACACCUCUCCACCCAUGCGAAACCCACCCUGGCAAACAGAGACAGGGAACAACACGGCUGUGGCACCUUCCCAGAGAGCUCAGGGACGAUUGCCCUGGACGUCCACCAACCUGAGACAUCUAGCACUGCUGAGAAUGAGCACUCGCUCCACAGACUCUUUCGUGAUGGCUGAUGCUUCGCUUGAUGAGGAAGCACCUGAGGAAAAGCCCGGAACACAUCAUACUAGAUUGUAAUCUGAUAUAUUUCCAUCCGCUCUCAUUAACCUGCCAAACAUGCGAUUAGGUAAAUCCUUUCAAACUGAGACUGUGUUUCAUUUUAGGUGGUUAUUAUGUCAUGAGCCCACAGAUUAGAGAAUCAUGGUGUUGAUAGUAUAUUCAUUACAUAGCAUCGUAUAACUUGAAGUACUGCUGUGGUUUUACCUACUUAUAUAUAAAAAACAGGGAAGAGAAUAAAUACGGAUUUAGAAGAGACAUUGUCAUUGAAAUACUUAUGUUUGUGGUUAUGGAAUGUUUCUUUAUACAAAUCCAAGUUGUUGUGGAAGCUGUUAUAGCACUUUAUUGCACUGAAAGCAUGCUAGAAAAUAGAAAACAUGGAGCUCAAAAGACAAAAUCAUUAUACUCUUAAACAUAUUUGAUCAAAUAAUAACUGCAAGCACUUGUCUAUUGGUUCUGUAUUCUGGCACAUCUUGAUAUUUUUUGACCUUGGGCAUGUUGGUCUAUAUACAUUUUUAAACUCGGCAUGUUGUAUAUGGUUAUUUAUUAUUGCAUAGUCAUUCUGUGGGUGCUUCUUUGUAGUAUCACAAUGCAGAAAAAGA